UCUGCUAUCUAUCUAUCUACCUGAGACUCAUAAUUCAUAAACGAAGAACACAGAAAAAAAAAAAAAAGAGGGAAAGAAUUAUAGAAAUGUUAGGGCUUGAAUUCGAAGGAUCGGAUUUCGCUCUUCUUGAAUCAAUUAGGAGACAUCUGCUAGAAGAAUCGGACUCAUCGGCUAGUUGUUCAAUGAAUUUUCCGGCCAGGAAUUCCGGUGGUGCUAUGGGGUAUUGCAGGAGCUCGAGCUUCAGCAGUCUUUUCCCUUGCUUGACAGAGAAUUGGGGAGAUCUGCCAUUAAAGGUCGAUGAUUCAGAGGAUAUGGUAGUCUAUGAUUUCCUUCGCGAUGCCGUUAAUGUUGGAUGGAUUCCAUCACUCUCAGAUGAGCUAUCCAAUAGCAGCAACAGCAGCAGCAGCGUGUUCAGUGAUUUAACGGCGAUUACCGUUAAAUCAGAACCUCAGGAGACGACGACGACGACUCCACCGGUUGGGGCUUUGUUUCAGGAGCAGCCAACGGAUUCGGCUUCAUCUGCUCUGAUGACUACUGUCUCGACUGUACAGCAGCAGAAAUCGAUUUCGUCCGCUGCUUCAGCUGCGGCAGCAUCGAAGGAGAAGCAUUACAGAGGUGUACGGCGCCGUCCUUGGGGAAAAUUCGCGGCGGAGAUCAGAGAUCCAGCGAAGAACGGUGCCAGAGUCUGGCUUGGAACGUUCGAAACUGCUGAGGACGCGGCACUGGCUUAUGACCGAGCUGCUUACAGGAUGCGCGGUUCACGCGCCCUUCUCAAUUUCCCUCUACGAAUCGGCUCAUCCGAUUCAGAUCCGGUUCCUGUUACUUCAAAGCGCGCUUCUCCGGAACCUUCGUCUUCUUCGUCAUCGUCUUCGGUGUCUGACAAUGGUUCGCCAAAGAGGAGUAAAAAAGGGAUCGUUGCUUCAGAGGCGGUGGCAGCUUAAGCCGGUGUUUAGAAACAGGGAGUCAAUCGGAGGUUUUCCAGGUUGGGCAUCAGGUGGGCCCACUUAGAUGUGGAGAGCAGCUAUUGGUCAGUUAAUUCUCCAGGAGAGAGAGA